GCUAGUUGGUGUUUGAGAUAAUGGAGCAUAUAACAUUUCAAUCUUACUGGUACUGUGCUGUUCAACAGCAGAUGUGACUGUCUCAUUGUUGUUGUUUGACAAUGUUUGAUGUUCUUUAGAUUGUUUCAAUAUAUCAGCGAUAGUUGUCAUACAAUUAUAUACUUCUAGCAUCAAAUUUUUAUUAUCCAUUAUACUUUUAGAAAAAAAGUGAUGAAACUAAUGCUUAAUUAUUUUGUCGAAGAAGAAAUGUCAAAGUAGUUUCCAAGUCAACAGACUGAUUCGAUUAAAAGAGCACUAGUUCUUGAAAAAUCUUUUUUCUUCGAUAUUUUACAGAGAACGCACUAAGUAGUUGAAUGAUUUGGUUUCUUUUCGCAUAUAUAUGAAUAAUAAAGUGUGUUUCUCACUCACUCGAGAUGUUAUUGCAAAAGAAGUUGCUUAUUUUAAUGGUUCAGACACCAACUAGCAAGCAAGAACGAAAGUCAGAUAAUGACUAUUCGGCUGAAGAUCAUAUUGUUAGUGAACACCUACAUUAUGAUCCAUUAACAGAAGAUAAUUUUCAUAAUGCACAUUUAUGUAACAGAAAUAUUGAUGAAAUACCAAAUUUGAAUCAAUGUGAUAUGUACAAAUUGAAAGCAAUUAAUAUGAAUUCGAUAAGAGAUUUACUUGGCCGAUAUUUGAUUCACGAUACGCCGGAAGAAUUUCAGCAGUUUUUGAAACAAACAUUUAACUUAAGUAAAACGUCGGCACAGACGAUUACACGUCUGUUACAUCAAUGGGUUCAAUAUAACGUGGAUUGUAAAAGAGAACAUCGAUGA